AUGCCGCCCCGCGGUGCACGUGUGGCACCUCGCCGCCUGAUCGAGACUAUCGGGAGUGAUCCAGCCACUUCUAAUCCGACUGAGAGAGUCCAGGAGGACGAGACUGAUCAGACAGUACUGGAUGGACCAGAUCAUGGCCAGGAGAGCAGGAUAAGAGGACCGACCCAGGUGGUGGAGCUGAUCAGAGAGGUUGUUGGGUUAGUUCGGCAGCAGAGGGGACCACAGCAGCUAUUUCCCUCUGCUAGUUCUUCAGAUCAGGGGAGGAGUAUAGCAGAGUUCAGGAAGUUGGCUCCUCCGGCCUUCAAGGGAACUACCGAUCCCCAAGAGGUCGAAUGUUGGAUAGAUGAGAUGGAGAAGGCCUUCAGGGCCAUGGGUUGUACUGAGGAGGAAAAGAUCAGAUUUGCCACCUAUAUGCUUCAGGACCGGGCUCAUCAUUGGUGGGAGUCUGUGGAGAGGACCAUAAUGCAGGAUGCAGGAUCUGUGACCUGGCCGGGAUUCCGCAUGGCCUUCUACUCCAAAUAUUUCCCUUCCAGUCGUAUCAGGGAGCUGGAGAGGGAGUUUCUGAGCCUCUCUCAGGGGAGUAUGACUGUGGAGGACUAUGAGGCUGAGUUUGAUCGGUUGUCCCGUUUUGCACCAUCACUUGUCCAAGACCCUAAAUCUAAGAUGAGUAGAUUUGAGGAAGGACUGAGGCCUCGCCUGCAUCAGGGUUUAGCUGCUGUUCACUCGACUGAUUAUGAUGACCUAGUUGACAGAGCUAAAAAUAUGGAGAUCAUCUGGAAGGAGACACAGGAUGCUCAUAAAGGGAAGUCGAAGAGGACCAGGGACUUUGAUUCUGACGGUGAGCGGCAUCUGCGCCGACCUAUGCAGUUCCGUCCAGGAGCAGGGCAGCGAGUUCCACAUGGGAGGACUGCACCGGAUCACAGGGGGAUAUCAGGAGUGUGCUUCAGGUGUGGCCAGACUGGACAUAGAGCUGUUGAGUGUCUUCAGACACGGCCUGGUAUUGGGGCAUGUUUCAGGUGUGGUCAGCAGGGCCACCGGAUAGCUGAGUGCCCUCAGACUCAGACUGUUUCUGGAGUUUGUUUCGGGUGUGGUCAGCCGGGUCACAGGAUUUCCAGUUGUCCUCGUACUAGAUCUGCGCAGAGGCCACCGAGUUCUGUAGCUCCUCAACGACAGACUUCCUUCACUCCAGUACAGGCUACCCAGUCAGCUGUCCCCAGGCAGCAAAGGGGAGGAGGAUCUCGUACCCAGGGACGAGUUUAUGCGCUGACUCAGCAGGAUGCUCAGGCAUCCAACACAGUAGUGACAGGUACACUGUUGGUAUCUUCCACUUAUGCUUAUGUGUUAUUUGAUUCUGGUGCUACGCAUUCUUUUAUCUCAUCUUCAUAUGUGCAUAAGUGCGAUUUACACUACUCUUCAUUAGAGAGGGAAUUAUGCAUUAGUACUCCAGCUGGGGGUACAAUGACAGUUAGUCAGAUCUGCAUUUCCUGUCCAGUACUAGUUGAGGGUAGAGAUUUGAGAGCUAAUUUGAUUGUUAUGAAUCUGCAUGAUUUUGAUGUAAUCUUGGGUAUGGAUUGGUUGGCUGCAUACCACGCUACCAUAGACUGUUUUCUGAAGAGGGUGACCUUUCGGAUCCCGGGUAUUGAUGAAUUCAGUUUUAUGGGUGAUGACUGGGGUGUCUCUUCUCAGGUAGUGUCUGCUAUACAGGGCAUAAGAUCUCUUAGAAAGGAGUUUCCCAUCUUUAUGGCCGCAAUUGCAGAUUCUGAACAGUCUGAACAGAGAAUUGAGGAUAUACCAGUAGUCAGUGAGUACCCUGAUAUCUUUCCUGAUGAUCUGCCUGGUUUACCUCCUGAUAGAGAUGUCGAGUUUGCUAUUGAUAUAAUCCCUGGUACUGCACCUUUGUCUAAAGCUCCUUAUAGAAUGACCCCUGCUGAACUAAAGGAGCUGAAGGACCAAUUACAGGAGCUACUGGAUCUGGGUUUCAUUCGACCUAGUGUCUCUCCUUGGGGUGCCCCAGUAUUAUUUGUGAGAAAGAAAGAUGGUAGUAUUAGACUGUGUAUUGAUUAUCGGGAAAUCAAUAAGGUGACUAUUAAGAAUAGGUACCCUCUACCCCGGAUCGAUGAUUUAUUUGACCAACUUCAGGGUGCUCAGGUAUUUUCCAAAAUUGAUCUUCGAUCUGGAUAUCAUCAGCUGAGAAUAAAGGAGUCUGACAUAGCCAAGACUGCUUUCCGUACCGGGUAUGGACAUUAUAAGUUCCUUGUGAUGCCUUUUGGUUUGACUAAUGCACCAGCAACAUUUAUGGACCUGAUGAACAGAGUGUUUAAGCCUUUUCUGGAUAAAUUUGUGAUAGUAUUUAUUGAUGAUAUUCUGAUAUAUUCAAGGAGUCAGGCAGAGCAUGAGCACCACUUGAAGAUUGUUUUGGAGACUCUGAGGCAGAAUCAGUUGUAUGGUAAAUUAAAGAAAUGUGAAUUUUGGUUGGACAGGAUGAUAUUUUUGGGGCAUGUUAUCUCUAAGGAAGGAAUUAUGGUUGACCCAAAGAAGAUUGAAGCUGUGGUUGAUUGGAGCAGACCGAGUAAUUUGUCUGAGAUUCGCAGCUUCCUUGGACUAGCCAGUUAUUACAGAAGGUUUGUGGAGGGCUUCUCUAGUAUUGCCGGACCCCUGACUCGACUCACUCGCAAAGGAGUGAAGUUUGAAUGGUCGGAUCAGUGUGAGAAGAGCUUCAAGGAAUUGAAACAUCGUCUAGUAUCAGCACCUAUUCUGACCCUACCAGUUACCGGUACUGAUUUUACCAUUUACAGUGAUGCUUCCAAGAAGGGUUUGGGUUGUGUGUUAAUGCAAAAUGAAAAGGUUAUUGCUUAUGCCUCCCGACAACUUAAGCCCUAUGAAGAGAAUUAUCCCACUCAUGAUCUUGAGCUUGCAGCUGUGGUUUUUGCCUUAAAGAUCUGGAGACAUUAUCUUUAUGGAGAGACUUGCCAGGUAUUCACUGAUCAUAAAAGUCUGAAAUAUCUUUUCACUCAGAAGGAGCUGAACAUGAGACAGAGAAGGUGGCUGGAAUUACUGAAGGAUUAUGAUUUAUCUAUACAUUAUCACCCUGGGAAGGCAAAUGUGGUAGCAGAUGCUCUAAGUAGAAAAUCUUCAGGAAAUGUUGCAGCCUUGAUUACUACUCAGAGAAAUAUCCUGGAGGAUCUGAGGAGGGCAGAAAUAGAGAUAUAUCUGCAGGAUGCUACCCUGAAGUUGGCAAACUUGCGAGUCCAGCCUACACUCAUUGACAGAAUUAAGGCAGCGUAAGUGGAUGACUCUCGGCUCCAGAAGAUCAAGAAAGAUGUUGAGUCUGGAUCUCGGCCUGAUUUCCAUAUACAUGAGGAUGGCUCAUUGAGGUUCAUUGGCAGAGUUUGUGUUCCAGAUGAUCUUAGUCUGAAGAAGGAAAUUAUGGAGGAGGCUCACAGUACGGGAUAUACAGUGCAUCCUGGUAGUACAAAAAUGU